GAUCGCCCCCGACUGCUUGCCAGAAAAAAAAAAAAAAAGAUUCUCUCUCUUCCCCUCGAAAGCGAAAUCGAACUGUGAAAGAACAAAUCAGUCUUGAAAACGGAUCCGAAAGAAUUUGCGAACCAGAAUAACCGAAAACCCUAACCCUAGCCGCGACUUAUCCCCUUCACUCCACCCCCUCUUUCUUUAACUGUUGCACCUGAAGAUGUCAGCCAGAGUUUGAUUAGGGUUAGGGUUUUUGUGCUAAGAGGUGGACGGGAGGUCCCAAGGCAGAGCAAGAUAUUAGGAUUGGGGUUUGGGUUAGGGUUGGGGCUAUUUCUAGGGUUAGGGUUUGGGGGAUGGAAUGCGAAGGUAUUGGCGUUGGUGGGCGUUGUUAUUGUCGCUGAUGACCGGAAGCCGAUGUCACAGGCGAAAGAAGAUGAUGGGUAGGGGUGCGGACGGAGGUUGCGGCACUGAGGAGAGGCCUUGCCCCGUUUCUAGGGUUCCGGCCACAAUUCCGCCGGCCGAACCGGAAAUUACCGAGAAGCAGGCCUCGGAAGACAUUGAUUUUUACUCGCAGGCCAGGAAAGCGCUCUGCGAGCGCUCGCCUUUCGACGUUGCGGACGACACUUCGGCUUUGCGUUCAUCCACUUUGCCAAGCGGGUUGGCGAGUUUCUUGUCGAGGAGCUCAGAUAGUCGCAGGCGGCACAAGAAGUCCCAUUUGGGAGCGGACAAGAAGUCUUCUCGACCAGCUAGGGGUUCCAACAUUUGGGUUGAGACGGCGGAAUAUUUCAGGUACCUGACAUUGCAUGAUAUUGAUUCUUUGUUUGAGGCUUCUUCUCCGUUUAGUUCUUUAGCUACUCGGGAGUGUUUUCUGAUCCCAUACUCGGAGAAUGCUCCGAGGGUGAAUCUUGGUAGUUGUGAAAAUGAGAGUGUGAAUGUGCAUGGUGGGAAUGGGAACAGAAAUGGAGUUCUUAAAGAGGAGGUAAAGAGUGAGGGCCAGCAGUCCAUGGAAAUUGACAGUGUUGGAGCUGACGCUCUGCCUCGGGAUGAAAGAGGUAGUUCCCAGUCCGAUUUGUCUGCCGGUUUAGAAUGGCUUUUAGGAACAAGGGAUAAGGUUUCUUUAACUUCGGAGCGGCCUUCAAAGAAACGGAAACUUCUGGGUGGUGAUGCUGGUUUGGAGAAAGUUUUAGUUUCUCGUCCUUGUGAUGGGAACUCGUCUUUGUGCCAUUUUUGCUGCAUGGGUGACACGGGCAAGGAGUCCAACCGAUUGAUUGGUUGCAGUUCUUGUGGGGUUUCAGUCCAUCAAAAGUGUUAUGGAGUGCAGGAGGACGUGGAUUUGACGUGGUUGUGCGCAUGGUGCAAGCAGAAGAGUGAUUGCAGCAGUAGUGAUUCAGCGACGCCUUGUGUGCUUUGCCCGAAGCAGGGUGGUGCUUUAAAACCUGUUCAAAAAAGUGAUGGAAAUUGUGUUUCUACGGGGUUUGCUCACUUGUUUUGUUGCCAUUGGAUGCCUGAGGUCUAUAUAGAGGACUUGUUGAAGAUGGAGCCAAUCAUGAACGUAGGAGGAAUAAAGGAAACUAGGAGAAAAUUAGUGUGUAACAUAUGCAAGGUGAAGUGUGGCGCUUGUGUUCGGUGUAGCCAUGGAACUUGCAGAACUUCCUUUCAUCCUAUAUGUGCGAGGGAGGGGAGCUUGAGAAUGGAAGUCUGGGGAAAAUAUGGAUGUGAUCAUGUUGAGUUACGGGCUUUUUGCUUGAAGCACUCAGAUGUAGAAGAUAGUAGCAAUAGUUCACAUGCAGGUGAUCCCUCUGUGGCUGUUGGUAGUGACUCCAAUGUUGCUAACCAUCUUCCGGUGGAAGUCUCUAAGAACAAGUCACACCAGUUAAAGAUUGACUGCAAAAAUGGAGAUGACCAUGUUGUCCAUAUGGGAACUUCUGAUACUAUUUCUGAUAAGUCGACCGAUAGUGAAUUACAAGAGAUGGGUUGUUCCAAUUACAGAUUAAAUGCCAGAAUUUUGUCGGAAUGUGGUGAUGCACAGGAACUCAUUAAUGUGGGGUCACUGGAGAGGAGAAAUGAGGAUGUUAACACAUCUGACUCCCUUAAUGUUGCACUGAUUUUGAAUAAGUUGAUUGAUCGAGGGAAAGUCAACUUGCAAGAUGUGGCAUUGGAGAUUGGCAUUUCGCCUGAUUCAUUAACAGCAACACUGGCUGAUGAUGGCAUGGCCCCUGACUUGCGAUGCAAAAUACUCAAAUGGCUUAGAAAGCAUGCUUAUAUAAGUACCUUACAGAAAAAUAGAAAAGUGACAAGAAGUUCAGUAAUUUCAUGUGAGAAUGAAGUUGGGACAACUGAUGGAUCAGAUGCUAUAGCAGUAUCAAAGUCUGAUAUUCCCAGUCCUGUUGCUGUUAAGUCAGUACCCCCACGUAGAAGAACCAAAAGUGACGUUAGGAUUUUGAGUGACAGUGGAGAAACAGAUUACUCAAGUAAAUCAUCAGUUCACAAUGCUAAUGGAAAGAACUCUGAUGAGCCUGAUGGGAUUGACGAUUCCUUGCUGAAGCAUUCACCUAAGUCUGAAGGCAAUUUAGCUAGACCCUCAAAUUGCAGCCUUCCUGAGAGGGUUCAUUUGGAGCAAGUUGCAAUUCCUGAGCAGAAUGCUUUGGUGAAUGGAGGCCAGGGAAAUCCAGUUUGCUCCACUGCAAAUUCAGUAGCCUCUGAUAUCAUGAAAACAGAAUCAGUGUCAAGUUUUUAUAUCCACCCAUACAUUCGCAAGAAAUUGUUGCAGAUGGAAUUGGGGAUGCUUUUGAACCCGAUAAGCAAAUUUGAUGGUUCAAGGGAGAGAGAAAUCUCUCGGUUGGAGGCUUCUUCCAAUGCUAGUGUUUGCUGUAAUCACCAAAGUCAACAUUCAAAGUGCAAUGACACGAUUUGCAAAUCUUAUGGACUAAAUUUAGAACAGUUGAUUAAGGCUAGGAAAAUGGGAGCUUUAGACUUAUCUCCAGAAGAUGAAGUGGAAGGAGAAAUUAUUUAUUUUCAGCAUAGGUUACUUGGCAAUGCUGUUGCGAGAAAGCAGUUUACCGAUAAUUUAAUUUGUAAUGUUGCGAGGAGUUUACCACAGGAGAUUGAUGUGGCACGGUGGCAAAGUUGGGAAUCUGUGCUUGUUAACCAGUAUCUUGGUGAGCUUAGAGAGGCAAAAAAGCAGGGUAGGAAAGAGAGAAAGCAUAAGGAAGCUCAGGCUGUGUUGGCUGCUGCAACUGCUGCUGCUGCUGCAUCCUCAAGGAUUUCAUCAUUUAGGAAAGAUGCUUAUGAUGACCCAGCUCAACAGGAGAAUUUGAAUACCUCUAAUGGGAGGGCCGGCAUCAGCUCCCAGUUAAUGCCACGGAAAGAGACGCCUUCAAGAGUGGCUGCACCAAGGAUUUCAUUAGAAAGACAUUCUGAUUUUGUUAAUUCGACAUCAGAUCUUUCCAAGGAACAUCCUAGAUCAUGCGAUGUCUGCCGUCGGUCUGAGACAUUAUUAAACCCCAUCUUAGUCUGUUCAAGUUGCAAGGUUGCAGUUCACUUAAGUUGCUAUCGUAGUGUUAAAGAAUCUACGGGUCCAUGGUACUGUGAAUUAUGUGAAGACUUGUUAUCAUCUAGAAGUUCUGGAGCUCCAACUGUCAAUGUCUGGGAGAAGCACAUUUUUGUUGUGGAAUGUGGCCUAUGUCGUGGCACUACCGGUGCUUUUAGAAAGUCUUCAAAUGGUGUAUGGGUCCAUGCCUUUUGUGCUGAGUGGGUCUUUGAAUCAACAUUCCGAAGGGGACAAGUGAAUCCAGUUGAAGGAAUGGAGACGAUUUUGAAGGAGGUCGACCUUUGCCAUAUCUGUCGUCGUAAACAUGGGGUCUGCAUAAAGUGUCACUAUGGCCACUGUCAGAUCACCUUUCAUCCUUCGUGUGCCAGAAGUGCCGGCCUCUACAUGAAUGUAAAGAAUUUUGGUGGAAAGUUGCAGCACAAGGCUUACUGUGAAAAGCAUAGCUUGGAGCAGAGGGCAAAGGUCGAGACCCACGAACAUGGAAUUGAGGAGUUCAAAAGAAUCAAGCAAAUUAGGGUUGAACUAGAGAGGUUACGGCUUAUAUGUGAGAGAAUAAUCAGACGUGAAAAGAAGAAGCGGGAAUUGGUUUUGUGCUCUCAUGACAUGCUCGCUUGCAAAAGAGAUCAUGUUUCUCGUUCUCUGCUUGUUCGUAGUCCCUUCUUCCUUCCUGAAGUUAGUUCUGAAUCAGCUACAACGUCCCUUAAAGGGCACACUGAUGGUUAUAAAUCAUGCAGUGAUGCAAUCCAAAGAUCAGAUGACGUAACCGUUGACAGCUCAGUUUCUGUUAAGCACCGGGUUAAAGUUCCUGUGUCCAUGGACACUGAGCAAAAGACAGAUGAUGACAGCUCUACAUCCCAAUCCUUUCUUACAAGAAAGCUCACAGAGAGGGCACAAUUUUCCGGGAAGCAGAUUCCUCAUAGGCCUUCUGUGGCAUCAACUAAUCUUUCUGAUGAUGGCGGAUGGAGAUCAAAAUCUAGAAAGCAUGCCGAGACGUUUGAGAAAGAGCUCGUAAUGACUUCAGAUCAAGCAUCUAUGAAGAAUAUGCGGUUACCUAAGGGAUAUCAGUAUGUUCCUGCUGAUAUCCUUCCGAGUGGGGAGCAGAUAAACCAGGAUGCUUGCUCUGGGGAGCCAUUGGAACGACAUGGAUAGAUUGAGGCAUCUUCUUUUGGGUUUUGAUUUGCCUGAUAAGGCUGCCAUCCAUUGAGGGCAAAUUUUCCGCCCAGAGGCACACAUUCAUCUGAUAAUGAAGACUGGCAAAAAUGAGCACCAAGAUGGGGUUAUUGCCAGCAUACUCAUAAAUAGGAGCCACGCUCUGGUUUGGGCAGGGAAAUUUUGACAAAAUUGUUUGUAUAUUCAUUGUGAGAGUAACUGUACAGUGGAUGAGGGUUCAUUUCAUUCAAAUGUAACAGAAGGGCGUGAAUGUCUUUAUGUUGAUGCAUAUCUCGUGGAAAUGGUGGGAUGGAAGCCCUGUUUCUUCGUAUUGUAUACGAGGCAAUUAAGAGUAUCACCUCCUGUGCCUGCUCUGUAAAGUUGGUGUAUAUAUUCUUGAAAUAUCAAAUCCUGAAAAGGAUACCGCUCUGCUUCAUAUAGAUUAGAGCAUUUGGUUCGAAA